GGAGCCGGCCUCCUGCCCUUCCUCAAUCCCUCUCUCUUUUACUUUCCACACGACGCCCGGCUCCGGACUGGCACCGAAUUAAACCCUCAAACAACCCAAAGAAAGCGACUCUUGGAGGAGACUCUGGAUGGUUCUCUUCUCUUGGAAGGGAAGGAAAGCCAGGGAGUUGAAGCCAAGURGAGUGGAUCAUGCGUGGCUGAAGAUACCUCCCUCCUAUAAUGCCUGGAGCUUUGCCGGAGAGGACCAUCACUAGGCCCCUGCUCAGAAGUGCUGACGACUCUAACCUUGAACCAUUGUGUCUGGACCUGAUUGGGAAGUGCAUGGCCCUUAAGACCUUCGUGGAGCAGAGGAACAUCUGAGUGAUCUCCCACUACACCAUCCAGCCCUGGUGGUCCUUCUCCUUGAGUUGGCUUUGUAGAUCAGGACUCAUCUUUCAGCAGAGAGAUAUCUGAGUGAUUUCCCAUCAUACUAUCCAGUCUUGGGGGUCCUUCUCCUUGGAUUGUCUGUAGAUCAAGACUCAUUUUAUACUUCUUCUUUGAGCAGAGAGACAUCAGAGUGAUCUACCACCAUACCAUCCAGUCUUGGAGGUCCUUGGAUUGCCUCUGUAGAUCAUCAGAGAGAUCUUCUACUACACUGUCCAGUCUUGGAUGUCCUCCUUCUUGGGUUGACUCUAUAGAUCAGGACUCAUCUUGUACUUCUUCUUUGAGAGGGCUGAUUUCUGUGUGAUCUCCCACCACACCGUCUACUCCUGGAGCUCCUUUACCUUGGGUUGGCUUUGUAGAUCAGGACUCAUCUUUCAGCAGAGGGACAUCUGAGAGAUCUCCUCCUGCACAAUCCAGUUCUGGAGAUCCUCCUCCUUGGGUUGGCUUUGUAGACCAGCACCCUUUGGGACCCUCCUGAGAUGUACCAGAGUCUGGCCAUGGCAGCCAACCACGGCCCACCAUCCUACGAAGGGGGCAGUGGUUUCAUGCACAGCGCAGCAGCAGCUUCGCCGGUCUACAUCCCCACCACCAGAGUCACCUCCAUGAUCUCCAGCUUGCCUUACCUCCAGGGGAGCACUUCCUCCCAGCAGGGCAGUCCAGUCUCCAGUCACUCCAUUUGGACUCCGCAAGCGAGUGCCGAGAGUGUGGCCUACAACCCGGGGUCCUCCCACCCAUCGGUGUCACCCCGCUUCUCCUUUGCUACCAGCAGCCCCAUCGCGGCUACUACCUCUAGAGAGGUUGCCGCCUACAGCAGCUCACUCAGCAUCACCGCCAACAGUAGGGAACAGUACGCCCGGAAUUUCGGGGGGUCUUACUCCAGCCCCUACCCGGCCACCUACAUGAGCCCCGAGUUGGGCACCACCUGGACUGCGUCUCACUUUGAGAACCCCAUGCUGCACAACCUGCCCAAUCGCGGGAGCCCAGGAGCGGCCAGACACAGCAACCUAGUGCCUACAGAAUAUUUUGACGAUUACAGCGAAGGCCGGGAAUGCGUCAACUGCGGGGCCAUGUCCACCCCUCUGUGGAGGAGAGAUGGCACUGGCCACUACCUGUGCAACGCUUGUGGACUCUAUCACAAGAUGAACGGCAUCAACCGGCCGCUGAUCAAGCCCCAAAGGAGGCUGUCGGCCUCCCGUCGGAUCGGGCUCAUGUGCGCCAACUGCCAGACAACUACGACCACCCUGUGGCGCAGGAAUGCAGAAGGCGAGCCGGUCUGUAAUGCCUGUGGUUUAUACAUGAAGCUCCAUGGGGUCCCUAGGCCUUUAGCAAUGAGAAAAGAAGGGAUCCAAACCAGGAAACGUAAACCGAAGAGUGUCAACAAGGCUAAGACAACUUCAGGAUCGGCCAGUAAUGCCGAAAACCUUACUCCAGCCAACAGCUCAGCAGCCUGCACCAGCACCACAACCACGACUGCCACCGAAGAAAUGCGACCCAUCAAGACGGAACCGGGGAUUUCAUCUCAUUACGGGCACCUCAGCCCUAUUCCCCAGCCGUUCUCACUCUCUACAAUGUCCGGACACAGCUCCGCUCUUCACUCUGCCAUGUCGUCCCUCAAGCUUUCCCCACAAGCUUACCAGCCAGCUGUCAGCCAGGCCAACACCAAGCAAGACUCAUGGAAUGGCCUGGUCUUAGAUGAGAACCACGGUAACAUCAUCACGGCAUAACCACCUUCUGCCCUCCAUGGGGCUCAUGACGCAGAGACAAGCCACAAGGACUGAGCCACACCAUGACAUUUUUCUCCUUUUUAAAAAUGUCUCUGCCCAUCAUCUUGAAAGGUAUCCUGAUCUUAGUAGAAGAACCAUUCCAACCCUUGACCUUCAGAGAUGGCUUUUUUUGCAGGCCAAGGUGUCCAUCUUUGGAUGGCCACCAAACCUCAGAACAGCUGAAAGCAAUGGACAUGUUUUGGCUGUGAAAUCAAAGCUACCUUCAGCACAACGGAGAGAUACUAUUCAUUCAUUCUGCUCCUUUUCUCGACAUUCGUCGUUUGCUCAAGAUUUCUGCAUCAGUUGACAAGUUUUGGAUGAUAAUCUCCUUGGACUGGCCUAACUUGGAAGUGGAUCACUCCAAGAUCAGCUACUUUUCAAAAACAUUGAAUGUGAUUUUCCCCAUAGAAAUCACACAGAAAUGCAUGAAAGGACAUGACAAUUUCUCACUCCACCCUCAAAAGCAUCCUCUUCCCUGCUACGUCCUUCAGACAACUCCAUUUCCUUCUGCAAUCCUUCUCAAACGGGUGACCGAAAGUGAUGCGAUGUCACUCCUGGUCCCACCACUUUGAGAGGACCUGCGGAGAGAGACAAGGCUAUGUGGGUUUCGCCUGGGGAUAUGCCCGCCCUAAUGCUGAAGAUAAGAUUUGGCUGUGUGGACCAUGUUUCUUUGCAGGAGGUUCUCGUGCAAGCUGGAGAACCCUGAUAUGACGCGAAAUGUGUGUGAAGGCACCGUUCGCUGAUCUAAAACUCCUCCAGUGGAGCUCCCACCUUGCAAAAUAUGAUGGGCACAAAGUAAGGCUUUUGAGCCAGUGAUCUGUGAGUCACCACAGGUUGCAAAAGCAAACCAUUUGAACAGGCCAUAACCUCAUAUCAUACAUAAUGAUAGUAGCAGGAUGCCACUUACACCUCAACAAUAAGGUCCUAGUGAAUCUUGGGACUUGAAAUUUAUGGAUGAAGACAUUACAUAGAGAGCUCCAGGAUCUCAUAAAACUAUAAAUCCCAGCAAACUAUAAAUCCCAGUUGCCGGGGUAGGUUUUUGUGGCUUUUGUAAGACAGCUUGAGUCCUAGUCUGGGAGGAAGAUGGAAUAUAAAUAAAGGGUUAAAUCAGAGGUGCCAAACUUGUGUCCCUCCAGAUGUUUCAGACUCUAACUCCCAGAAGCCCUGGCCAGCUUGUCCAAUGGCCAGGAAUCCUGGGAGCUGGAGUCCAAAACAUCUGGAGGGCCACAAGGCUGAUACCACUGGGUUAGAUGGAUGGAAUUGUAAGGCUAUAAUCGUAUAGGGUAGUGUUUUGGCCUGCAACUCCCAGAAAUCCCAGCCAGUUUACCAACUGUUAAGAUUUCUGGGAGUUGUAGACCAAAACAUCUGGAGACCCACAAGUUGAGAACCACUGGUAUAGGGUGAGUGGGCACAAGGACCAUGAAAUGUGGCUUUGUAAGCUGUGGCUCUCCAGAUGUGGUUGGACCCCAACUCCCAUCUACUCUGGCCAAAACAGCCAAUGUGUUGGAGAUAAUGAGAGUUGCAAACCCAUGCCCUCUAAACAAUAUCCCUUGUGGUGGAAGUAAAAUAGAGAGAAAGGACAGUCAGCCUUCCACAUUCGCUGGAGUUAGGGGUGCAGGACGCCCAUGAAAUUGGAAAAAACUGAAAGUUUAAAACACUUUUUAAAAUCCAAGAACACACUUCUUUAGGAAUCUCGAGGUCCUCCAACACAACUUCUGCCAGAAAGUGUAGAAUCCGAUUGGAGGACUUAGAAAGUCCUAUCGGUGCUUUCUCUAGAGGACUUAGAGAUCCCUAGAGAGAAUAUUUUAAUCAUAUUCAUGAAUAAUCACACAUGCAAAAGUCAAACCCACAUAGGUGGAGAGCUAAUUGUAUGAUCCAGCAAUGUCUCAACCUGCCUUCUUUGAGUGUAUGUGUGAUGUUUGCCUUCCCAUCUGCCAAUGCUGGAGGCAAAAGAUGGGCACUGGCAACACAUCAAUUUUCCAAGGACGAUGGCCCCAAACUGGUUGCCCACCUGGAUUCUUUUGUAGCCCUCUCCAAUGGAAAGAUUUCUGGAAAUUUGAAUGGACUUGCUUUACUUACUUGCUUGGCUUCCCCUUUUGCAAACCAAGGACUGGGUUUCCUUAGUAAGCUACAAUAAAGUCUCAUAAUAAAUGGAAAAUCGAGGACUUUACAAAAAGUGAAAAGAUCUGUGAACCUUUGGACAUUGGUUUCCAGCUCCAGGCAUUGUUGUGAUUGCAACUUGUGGGUUCCACGAAUGCCUCAGGAAUCCUAUGGAUCUAGAGAUCUGGCAGCUCCCGGCAGCAUGUGCCAAAUUUUUAAAUUCACUGCAUUUUUGUUACUUUGAUUAUUUUCUCCCUCUUUCUGUUCCUAAUGAUGAAUAUAUAUAUUUUCUUACUUGUGAAGUUGCCCUAAGAGAGUCCCUUCCCUGGCAUCAGGCUGAAGGGAGGAUUUUCUGCAUCUCUUGAAUUCUUCCCCAAUUCAAGCAGAGUUUGAAAGAGAAUAUGGAAAAACUGCAAAUAUGAUAAACUGGAUAAGCUGAAGCAUUUCCCACACAGCAAGGAAAGCCAUGCUUUUAAGCCCAAACUUGGCCACUUCUCCCAUGCUUGUUGCCAUAAAAGGAGAUACGUACACACAACUCAGUAGUAGGGUUGACAUUGUCUUCAACCCAACUUGCUCCUCUGCUAUGAACCACCUCUUUUCCUGCCCACAUUUUUGGUGAUCCAGGCAGAUCUGGAAAAAAAAGUCUCUUGUUUAUUAGAUAGCAUGUUAAGAUACUGCUCCCCAAAGGCACAAGAACUGCACAGGCUCAUUUUUAGCUCUGGUCAGUUGGCAACCCCACCCCAUCCAAUGGUGUUGGGCAAUUCCUGGCUCAAUGAUAGGAUCAUGCAUUCCACAUCUUUGGUUAUAUUCAUGUCAUUGUUAUGUUUUGAAAAAGGACACGAAAAGAGGGGAGAAAGAGCAAGCAAUGGGCUAGGACUCAGAGUGCAUCUGCAUUAUAGAUCUGCUGCAGUUUGGCACCAUUUUUAUUGGCAUGGCUUAAUGCUUUAGGAGAUGUAGUUGUACAAGGUCCUUAGCAUUCUCUGCCAAAGCAUGCUGGUGCCUUGCCAAACUAUAAAUCUCAGAAAUACACAGCAUUGAGCCAUGACAAAUUGGUAUCAAACAUCAUUAAUUCUGGGUUGUUGUGAGUUUUCUGGGCUGUAUGGCCAUGUUCCAAAAGCAUUCUCUCCUGUCGUAUUGCCUGCAUCUAUGUCAGGCAUCCUCAGAAGUUGUGAGACCUCUUGGAAACUAGGAAAAUUGGGUUUACAUAUUUGUGGAAUGACCUCUGCAGGAGUCUACUGUAUACCAUGCAGCUGUGGACAAGGGACCACCAAACACAAAUCAAGGCACUGCAGACUACUUCAACCAGAGAAAUCAGCCAUAGCAGAACACUUGAUGAACCAACCUGGACACAGCAUAUUGUUUGCGAACACAGAAAUUCUGGACCACUCUAACAACCACCAUGUCAGGCUACACAGAGAAGCCACGGAAAUCCACAAGCAUGUGGACAAUUUCAACAGAAAGGAGGAAACCAUGAAAAUGAACAAAAUCUGGCUACCAGUAUUAAAAAAAACUCUAAAAUCAUAACAGUAAAUAAAGAGCAAGACUCAAAAAGAGGGGAAAUCUAGACAAGAUUCAAUCAGGGCCAGCCACUCACCUCCCAACAAAGAAUUCCUCCAGGCAGUAAGAAGCAAGACCUUGAAACUGCUAGGGCAUUAAAUGCUAAUCAAGGUGGGCAAUUUCACUUAAUGGCCUUGCAGCUUCAAAGACUGUCUAGUUGCUGCCUAGGGGAAUCCUUUGUUGGGAGAUAUAUAAACUUUGAGUGAGGUUUAUAUAUCUGCGGAAUGUCCAGGAUGGAAGAAAGAACUCAUGUCUGUUUGGGACAAGUGUGAAUGUUGCCAUUGGUCAGCUUGAUUAGCACUUAAUGGCCAUGCAGCUUCAAAGCCAGGCUGGUUGCUGCCUGGGGGAAUCCUUUGUUAGGAUCUGCAAGGGCAUUGAGUGAGGUUUAUAUAUCUGCUGAAUGUCCAGGAUGGAAGAAAGUCCUUUGUUGAGUUCUGCAAGGCAAUUGAGUACUAAUCAAGGUGGCCAAUUGCAACCUUCACACUUGCCUCAAGCAGACAAUUCUUUCUCCCACUCUGGACUUUCCACAGAUAUAUUAACCCAAUUUUCCUAAUUUCCAACAGACCUCACAACAUCUGAGGAUGCCUACCAUAGGUGUAGGCAAAACGUCAGGAGAGAAUGCUUCUGGAACAUGGUCAUACAGCUCAGAAAACUCACGACAACCCAAUUAUUCCAGCCAUGAAGCCUUCAACAAUACAUCAUGAAUUCUAGAGUGAAGAUAUGCACUCAGACGUAUCACACAUUAUUAGGUGGAAACUUACUGUUUUUAGACUAUUGCUGCCAGUAUCUAGCUGGGAAGAUAAGCGGCAAUACUGGCAAUGGAUUGUGGGGUUUGUCUGCCAAAAACAAAUACCCUUUAAAAGCUAAAGUCAAAAGCCCAACUAUGGAGAAUUUGCUCUCUCUUUUUGGCUGUGGAGAGGAUGUUUUCUGGGAGUUUCAGCCUUUGGAUGAGGUCGGCUGAGAUUCCUUGAGCAGCUUAUUAUUUUCAAGGCCAGGAGACUAUAUUUCAAAUUGUUUUUCACAAUACCGUUCUCAUUACAUCCCCUCCCCGCCCCCCACUUUAAAAAUAAUGGGAAGUGGAUUUUUUUUGCUGAUUGUUUACAUCUUCCUUCUUCGAAAAGACUGGCCUCUGUUUGAGGCAUCUGUGGUCACUCCUACGCGUCUAAAGAUAUUGUAAUGUCCUCAGGUUUCAGCCGAAAUAAAUUAUGUCUUUACCUAUCUCAGAUCAAGUGGAAUAGUAAAAUGGCACAAUAAAGUGGAAUCCUAAAGAAAAA